GCAGCCACCGAACGGAUCGAGCCGAGCUCCCCGCCUCCCCCCUACGGCCCUACCCCUCCCCCCCGUCCAUUCCUAGGGUUUCCAACUUCCAGAAGCUUCCACGCGAAUGGCCACCGACGAGCUCGCCGCCGCCCCGGUCCCGGCCCCCGCCGCCGCCCCGGCGGGGGGCGACCCGUCCGCCGCGUUCUCGUUCAGCAUCUGGCCGCCGACGCAGCGCACGCGAGACGCCGUGGUGCGCCGCCUCGUGGAGACGCUCGCGGGGGACACCAUCCUCUGCAAGCGCUACGGCGCGGUGCCGGCCGCCGACGCCGAGCCCGCGGCGCGCGCCAUCGAGGCGGAGGCCUUCGACGCCGCGGCCGCCACCGGCGGGGCCGCCGCGUCCGUGGAGGAGGGGAUCGAGGCGCUGCAGUUCUACUCCAAGGAGGUGAGCCGCCGCCUCCUCGACUUCGUCAAGUCCCGCUCCGCGGAGGCCAAGGCAGAGGCGCCGCCGUCGGAGGAGGCCCCCGCCGCGGCCGAGGGCGAGGCGGCGUGAGCCGCCGGGCAGCCAUUGCUUUUUUUAAUUCUAUUUUCCUGGGAGAAAUUGCAUCUGGAAAUGGUGCGAAGACUGUAGCCUGUGGCUUUGGUCUGGUUUGUAUGACUUGAUGUUAGAUGUUUGCACAUCUAUGCAGUUCUUUGCUCUUCGAUGAAUAGCUUUUUUUUAGUGCGUGCUGUGUCUUGCUUGCAAUUUGUGUCAUUGAGCAAGGAUUAUUUUCCGUUC